CCCACCAUCCCUGGUCAACUGUCACCAUCCCAGACUGUCCAUCCGCGUCCAUCUAUGGUCCCAGGCUGCAGCCAGUCUGUCUGGCUCGAGCCCGGGCAGAGGCUCCGGCGGAGGGAUCCGCGGAGGCUGCGGUCUCGGAAGACGAGACCGCUUCUGCGGCAGCACAAAAAGGGGCGGCUGCAGGGUGAUGUGCCAACGGAUGUGAAGACGGAUACUGUGAGCACGGUGGCUGGCCCCGAAGCUGAGUGGGCCUCGGCCCUCAGCACAUCCUGCCAGGGCCAGGCCAGAACUGCCCAUCUCCUUCUGCAGCUGAUCCACAACCAACAAGGCAGCCUCAGGCCCUCAGGCCCUGCCUCAUUCCACUAGGGCCACCAAGACAGCCUUCCACCAUGGCUCUGAAGAGAAUCCAUAAGGAACUGAACGACCUGGCGCAGGAUCCCCCAGCACAGUGUUCAGCAGGCCCUGUCGGGGAAGAUAUGUUCCACUGGCAAGCUACAAUCAUGGGGCCAAAUGACAGCCCCUACCAGGGAGGGGCGUUUUUCUUGACAAUUGACUUCCCAACAGAGUACCCCUUCAAACCACCCAAGGUUGAAUUUACAACAAGAAUUUAUCAUCCAAAUGUUAACAGUAAUGGCAGCAUUUGUCUUGAUAUUCUUCGCUCACAGUGGUCUCCAGCACUAACUAUUUCAAAAGUACUUUUGUCCAUCAGUUCUCUGUUGUGUGAUCCCAAUCCAGAUGAUCCCUUAGUGCCUGAGAUUGCUCAGAUCUACAAAACAGAUAGAGAAAAGUACAACACAACAGCCCGGGAAUGGACUCAGAAGUAUGCCAUGUGACUAAAGAGAUUAUUGGAUAUCCUCUACAAAUAAAAGCUCAGGGAACUCUAGAAAGUCCUUCUGAUUCCCAUCUGACUGUCUGCUAUGAACCACGCUGCACCGCUUCAUCCUUCUGGUGUUCUUCACCUGACACAGUACUGCUGCAAGCUGUACGCACCAGAAAUACUGUGCUUCAUUCCAACACUCUCUCCUAGCACAGGAGCGUUCUCGAGGCAUAAGCAAGAUGUGAGAUUAAAAGUUUUCCUAACUGACUUAAAUCUGAAUAACCACAGUGUGAGGGGUGGUGGGUACACAACACUGCUUAGAAGGGGUAAAGUGCCACCAACCUGUAGGAGAUUGUGAGACUGCUUUUAAGUGGAAGCCAUUUACAUUUUAAAAGUUAGGAAAAGCUAGGUGAAGAACAUGAAAGUUUCUGUACUCAUUUAUUCUAUAACACCUAGAACUCAGAUGAACAUUAAAACCAACCAGAUUAAAUCCA